GCCGAGCUCGUCUCGCGCUUCGAGCGCCUCCUCGCCAGCAACGCCGACCUGCGCAUCGACGACGUCCAGCUCAUGGCCAACUCGGCGGCCAACGACUUUGCCUACCUGCAGAUCGCAUCGGCCUCUGGCGAUGCGGCCGCCGAAACCGCGACCGUCGACGCCUUUGUCAAGGCGUACCACAACACCAAGUGGAAGGGCAAGCGGCUGCGCGUCGAGCCGGCCAAGCCCGACUUUAUGCAGCGGCUGCAGGUGGCGUGGACCAACGACGAGGUCGCCAAGGCCGUGGUACUCGCCGAGCGUGAGCGCGCCUUUGCCCCCGCCCAAGACGACGAAGCGCCGGCCAUGGAGCUCAAGAAGUCAAAGCGCUACAAGGGCAAGCGCAUGCUCUUUGACGACGAUGGCGUCGUCUCGAUCGUAGCGUCGAAGGCUCCCGUGGCGACUACGGUCGUUACCGAGGCCCCACCGUCGGACAAGGAAGACGCCAACGAAGACGACGGUCACUUGAGCCCCGAGACCUCGGACGACGAAGCCAAGAGCGACGAAGAGGAGGUCUCGGCGGAUGCUAUCGACGACGCGGCCAAUGACGACGACGACGAUGCGGUUGAAGCCGAGGUUGAAGUGCCGGUCGCGGACGCCGAGUUGAGCUCCGAGACGUCGGACGAGGACGUUGAUGCGCCCGAGGAUGCGGCCAUGAGCUCCGAGACGUCAGACGACGACGACGAAGAUGACGAGCAAGACGAUGCGGACGCGGCUGUCGAGCAAGACGACGUUGAGGCGGACGAAGCGUCGCCGGCCGACGACAUUGACAUGGAGGCAGAGAUCGAGCGGGAGCUUGAACUCGCCUAUGCGCAGGCGCAAGCAGCCUCCAGCAGCAGCAGCAGUAGCAGCAGCAGCAGCAGCGAGAGCGAGAGCGACGACAACGACCAAGAUGUCGACAUGGAGGCCGAGAUCGCCAAGGAGCUCGAGGCUGCGCCCGAGGUAGCGCCUGCUGCGCCUGUCGUGGACGAAGCCGCGCGCAAGGAAGCUGCGAACGCCCGGCGUCUCGCGGCCAUCAAGGAGCGCGAGGCGCAGAUGGCCGCGAUGAAGAAGCAACCCGCGCCGAUCGCUGCGACCAACAAGAAGAUCACGUUUGGCGACGACUCGGACGACUCGGACGUCGAGACCUCGUCGACGCCGGCGCCGGCGCCGUCCAAGAAGCGCGGGUUCCUCAGCGACUCGGACGACGACGACGACGACGAUGACAAGGACGACGACGACGAUUUCCUCGGGCUCAAGCGGCGCAAGACCGAAGCGCUCUUCGAGUUCCGGCCCGAGUUUGCCGGCGCGGACGGCAAGCGGCUCUUUGAGAUGCAAAAGCGGUUUGGCGGCGAUCAGCGUUUCCGGCUCGACGCGCGCUUCGUCGAAGGCGACGAGUUCAACGACGGUGUUGACGACGCCCACCACGACAUGGACCUUCCAUUGAACGAUGCGAUCCAGGCGUGGGCCACGGUUGCGCCGGACGCCGACGAGGUCGCCAAGCAGGCGUACAUUGCAGAGACCGAGCGCGCCCUCGACGUGCUCUCGCUUGUCUUCCCCAACAUGGAAUUGGAGCGAGCGAAGGCGCGCUUGCACCGGUCGGUCUCGGACGCCAAGGACCUCAAGCAGCUCGGGUGGCUCGCCGCCGUGCGUCGCUACGACCCGCGCGACGCUGGCGCGAAAGCCUUUGAGCAGACGGCUCCGACCGACGCCGAAAUCGCCAAGGACAACGACGACGACGACGAUGGCGAGGCGUUGCCGCCGAUGCCGGUGCGGAAGGAGACGCCGAUGCCCGAGGUGUCGGAGGAGCGGUACUUUGCCGCGACGUCGGACCUCUCGACCAUGUUCUCGCGCGUCCGCGCCAACUCGGAGGACGGCGAGGAGAUGGAAGCCGCGCUCGAUGGUAUCGUCAAGCCGGCCGCGUCGAGUGGCUUUAGCUUUGCAUCCAUGUUUGGCGGCGGCGAUGUCAUCGAAGACGAUGUCGACGACCACGUCGACGCCAAGCCGCUCGAGGAGAAGCCCGACCUGGACGACUCGACGUGGCACUUUGCCAACACGGUGCGCAAGGUCGUCCAGGACGACAGCACGGACGACGAAGCUAUGGAGGACGACGACGACGGCGAGGUGGAGCCGGUGACGGUGACGGACGCGCUCCCGAAGCGGCAGGUGGCCGACGUCCUCGCAUUUGGUGCGAGCUUUUGCAAGCCGGACCCGUGGACCAAGACGCACGAGGCCGACUGGAUGACGCUGCGCAAGACGUAUACGCUCGACUUCCGACGCAAGCACAAGCAAGCGCUCAAGAACAAGAAGACUAUGAAGAAGCAGUUCCAGAAGCCCCGCCCCAAGAAUGCGUAGGUGUAGAACGAUGUGUAAAUUAUCUGCUCCCGAUGCCACAAUGUUGCAGUCCAC